UGCGCUCCAUUUAAAAUGUGCCAGGCCUUUUUGGAAUGACUUUCAAAGCAGAUCUGAAAGGUCAUAGCAACACCAAUGGAGGCUGAAGAUUGCGGACAUUUGUUGGAGUUGAUAUUUCAGAUCUGGAUUCCAGGUUAGGAUGCAUCUGGAGAGUAGAAGAUAAGGUAUGUAGGCUAUAGUUGUAUGCUAGCAUUUUGGCUAUGAUCUUAUUGAUUGUUACUAGCCUAUUAUUAUGGCUACUAGGCCAAUGUAUUACAUUGUUUUGUUGUUUGACCGUGUUCUUAAAAUAGCCUAGGUUUUGGACCAAAUAAUUGUGACAUAAGGUACAUAUUUUGAAAUGUCAUAGCAUAAGCAUUGAAAUAAUAAGCCUGUUCUUUGAUUACAAUUGACACCUUGUAGCCCUAGCUACUUAACAAAAUGUAACAAUUACUUUAAAUAUUAACACAAAUGUUUUUUUAUGUGAUAUGAAUAUUAUGUAGUUUAGGCUAUUGGGGGAUAAAGCUAGAGUAUAGAUUAUACUAGUGUAUGCCUAGAUAUUGCAUUGUCUCUGUUUGACAUAGCAAUGUUGACUCUGGUUUCCCCUGUUCAGCGACAACAAUGCUACUUUUGGAGGUGUGCUGCUGCCUGAUUGGCUGGAUUUCACUCUACUUUGCAUUCUGUUACCUGAAUGGCCAGCGGGGUAAGGAGUGGAACUGCAGGCUGGUGACACUGACACAUGGGAUCCUCAUAGUAUGUCUUACUGCAUACAUUAGCUUCAUCGAUGGGCCCUGGCCUUUAACACAUGCAGGUGAGGUUUGGAUUUGUGUUACUGCAAAGCAUGCAAGUGUAUUAUGUUUAGCUUUAUUUCAGUAUACAUGGCAACUAUUUGAAUUGCAGUAUGAGAUUGACCUUGACUGACUGACCUUGUCCAUUUGUGACCUCAGGUACAGAGAACACCCCGCUCCAGAUCCUGGCCCUGGUGGUUAGUCUGGCCUAUUUUCUAUUCGACUUCGGCUGGUGCAUCUGCGUCCGCACCGAGGGCCUCGUCAUGCUGGCCCACCACACCAUGAGCAUCGCAGGCAUCCUGUUGGCGCUGGGCCUGGGCAAGUCGGCAGUGGAGACAUGCGCCGUGAUUUUCGGCAGCGAGAUCACCAACCCCUUGCUGCAGGCCCGCUGGUUCCUCCGGCAGGUGGGCCGCUACGACAGCCUGUGGGGGGACGCGGUGGACCUGCUCUUCAUCCUGCUCUUUGCCCUGGUGCGUGUAGGCGUGGGUGGCAUGAUGCUCUACUGUGAGCUCACCUCCCCCCGGCCCAGCCUCAUCAUGAAGGGAGGGGGCCUGGCCAUGUACACACUGGCCUGGGUCUUCAUGGUGGACAUUGCCAAGUUUGCCUGCAAGAAAACCAGGACAAAGUAUAAGAGGUGGCAUGAGAUGUGCAAGUUGGGAGAGGUGAAUGGACACACAGGGAAGACUGAGUGA